UAAAAGUAUCUAGGGCUACAAUUGCCAGAUCUACUAAUCUCGUCAAAAAUAAGUUUCCUAAAAUACACAGGAUAUGAAUAAUGCUGAAACUAUCUUCACUCCUAUAAGAAUCAUUCAGCAAUUGUAUUUGCCAUAUUCCCAUAAUGUUUAAUCCAUUUAAAGCUUUUAAGAAUUCUAGUUGCGAAAGAGGUUUGUACUACCAACCUAAAAUAUAUAUAUAUAUAUAUAUAUAUAUACACAUAUAUAUAUGCAAGUAUAUAUUUAAUAUGAAUGUUGUCUUUGCAUUUUACAGUCGAUCACGUAUAAAUUUUACCAGAGAAUAGAUUCAAUUGAAAUGAGUUAGUUAAUUGUUACUUUAUAUGAUACAUCCGGUGUGAUUUUGCUGAACGAUUCUAGCUAGCUUUUACAUAUAUAAUUUUCUGUAACAUAUCAAACAAUAGAUGGCGCAAUAGAUAUCUUCUCAUUCAUUUUGGGUUGAAAGCAAGCGUCUGCCUGUGUCAUAGAAGACUUAAUAAAAAGACAAAAUCGAGCUGAUCAGCUCUUCAUUUUACUAUAAUCAAAAACUUUCAUAUGCUUCCAAAUAACAGCUGUUCUAUACCGGCCUAUUAACUAUCAUCGUUUUGGGUAGUCAGUAACAUAUUGCACAGCAUUCAACAACGAUGGUUAGCUUAAAAAGGAAGAGUGUUUCAGGUUUGUCAAUUUCCUAAACAAAGUUUUUCAAUUGCUCUCCUGAAAAAUCUAUUAUAUUCCAAAUGUUCUUCUUCUUAAUGAAUCAUAAUAAUAGUUAGAUAAAUUGGAUUGUUUAAUAGAAUUGUUUCUUCCGGUUGUGUUUGGACAUUAGGGGGUUGGGAAAUUAAUUCAUUCUAUAGAACCGUGAAUUUUUGGUAUUUUCUCUCUAUUCAUCCUAUGAUGACAGUGGGGAGUGGGUUUUAUUGAUUUUUUUCCACACUUGUUUUUACCUUAUGUGUAGCUUAAGUAGAACAAAUUGAAAUACACACUGCAAAUUAAUGCACCAUCAUUUACUAUGGAUAUUAGAAGCUAUUAUCCAUCAAUAAUUUCAUGUUAAAGAAAGCGACAUUGUCAAUAAUGAAUUAAGUUGCAUUCACUGACAUUUUCGCAUUUUGAGAAGGGGCGGAGAGAAUUUGACUAAAUUUAACUGUUAAAAAAAGCCUUAUCAUUAUUUUUGUUAAGUUCAAGUUUAAAAUAAGUAAAACAAUAAAUAAUAAUAUAAACAGUCUAAAAGAAAGAAUAAACGAACUAUUUUGUUCUAUUCCAUUGAGAAACAUAACGCAGUGAACGAGAUAGAAAUCGACUUUUUUCUGUGAUGACUCUGUGUAUUUACUUGUGAUAUGACGACACACAGUGAGUGAUAACAUUAUUGAAGACAAAUUCCCUGUUUUUUUUUUAUCAGUUACUUAUUUAAAGAAAUGGAGACAGAGUAAAUUGCUAAAAGAAAAAACAGAACAAAGUGUCAAGAGUCUAGUUGAGAAUAUUUAUUUAGAUAGAAUAUUCCAGCUUUUUUUUGGCUUUUUUUUUAUUAAUUUUAAUAUGCAAAAUUGAUUGCAUAAUUGUAAAAGUAUUUUGUAAUCUAUCAGAGUAGGAAGCUAAUUAGUUUUAUUUUCUUUUCUUUGUUAAUUGACCGAAAUAGUGUUAUAUUUUUGGCGCGAGACGAGACGAGUGGCGCCUCGCCAUCUCUCUCUCUCUCUCUCUCCAGAUUAUAAACUCGACUCGCAUGGAAUGGAUAGCGUUGAAAGAUUUUGGCCGAGAAAAGAGAGUUUGUCAAGAGUUUGUAGAUGAUUUUGACGUCUAUAACGAUGAUAUAGUCAGUGAUUGUUACCAUGAAUACCAUCAAAUGACUCCAACAAGCGCCGGUCCAAGCGACGACACGGCAUCCGGAGGCAAUAUAGGAGUUGGAAAUUCAGAGCAAGAUCACAGAACUAUAGGAAUUAAUGAGGUUGCUGAUCACGCUGUCAAAUUCCCAGAUAAUUCCAUACGAACAUCCAAAUAUAAUUAUUUUGAUUUUCUUCCCCGAUUUCUCUUUGAACAAUUUCGAAAAUAUGCAAAUAUUUUCUUCUUAAUUAUUUCUUGCUUCCAACAAAUACCAAAUGUCUCUCCGACUGGAAAGUUCACAACGGCUGUACCGUUUUUUCUCAUCUUAUGUGUGUCGGCUUUAAAAGAGAUUUUUGAAGAUUUUAAACGUCAUAGGGCAGAUAAAGCAACUAAUCAGCAAAAAGUGGAAGUUAUGAGAAACGGCGGAUGGCAAUCUGUGGAAUGGCGUCACGUCCAAGUUGGCGAAUUUGUUAGAAUAGUUAGUGGUUCGUUCUUUCCAGCAGAUAUUGUGCUUUUAUCCUCAUCCGAACCGGAAGCUAUGUGCUAUAUAGAGACAGCAAACUUAGAUGGAGAGACAAACUUGAAAAUACGGCAAGGUUUAAGCCAAACUAAACACUUGUUAGAUCAUAAAGCCCUAGCAGCUCUUAAGGGUCGUGUAGUUUGUGAAAAGCCCAAUAGGCAUUUGUACGAAUUCAGGGGAAAUAUUGAAUUACGUGCAGGACGUGAUACGCAAUCCGGAGUAUAUCCGCUCGGGCCGGAACAGUUACUAUUACGAGGAGCCAUGCUUAGGAAUACCAGAUGGAUAUUCGGUAUAGUGGCUUACUCUGGUCGAGAUACUAAAUUAGUUCUCAACUCUACUAAAGCUCCCUUGAAGAUGUCGUCCGUGGAGCGAAUGACUAACUAUCAAAUACUUUACCUAUUCGCAGGACUUAUGGUUUUAUCACUAUUAUCUGCCAUUCUAUACGAAGUUUGGAGUAAUAAAAAUGCGAAAUCGCAUUGGUACUUAGGAUUCUAUGGUUAGUUUUUUUUUCUAUUCCCCAUCAGCAAUUGUGUGGUUUAAUGAUUAACAAGGGAGAAGAGAUAAAUCUCUUUUUAUUUCCUAUUAUUUACAAUAAAUUAAUUAAUUAUUUCUAACAGUCAAAAAUUCCAAAGGCAAAGGUUUGUUGAGUAAACUAAGCUUCUACGGUCAGGGGCGUCUUAAGAUAUCAAUCUGGACGCAAACCGUUUACUAAAUCAUUAAUUUGCUUUUUCUUAAAUUUUUAUUAUAUAAAAAUGUAAAUAAACUGGCUUAACCUUUUACUACUGCCUGGGGUUGGCUUUUUCGGUGCUUUAAUUUACAAUUUUAUUCAUUUAGGUCCUUAAUCUGCAUCUAAAAAUAUUAAAUAAUAUUCUAUUCUAUUUCCAUUUUUCUUUACUAUUCCUUACAGAGGCAAUGCCAAACAACUUUGGAUUAAACCUGCUGACAUUCAUAAUUCUCUAUAAUAAUCUUAUACCAAUUUCAUUGCCAGUUACUUUGGAAGUAGUAAAGUUCUUUCAAGCUAUUUUUAUAAAUUGGGACUUAGAUAUGUAUUAUGAAGAGAAUGACACUCCAGCAAACGCUCGUACUUCAAAUUUAAAUGAGGAAUUAGGAGCUAUAAGAUAUAUAUUUUCGGAUAAAACGGGCACUUUAACAAGAAAUGAAAUGGAAUUUCGAAAGUGUAGCAUAGCAGGUGUACAAUAUGGAAGCAAUGAUGAAAACAUGCAACACUUUGAUGAUCCUGAGCUUCAAAACGCUCUUGGACGAAAUGAUAAAAAUGUACAAGAUUUUCUUCUUUUACUGGCGAUUUGUCACACUGCUGUGCCGGAAAAAGAGGAAGAUGGAGAGAUCGAAUAUCAAGCCUCUUCACCUGAUGAGAAAGCUUUAGUUCUUGCUGCUAAAAAAGAAGGCUACCGGUUCAUAACUCGUACACCGGAUUAUGUCGAAGUUGAGAUUGCUGCUAAGGGGGAAAUAGUGCGCUAUGAAGUUUUGCAUGUACUCGAAUUCACAUCAACGAGAAAACGAAUGAGUGUUAUCGUCAGAACCCCAGAGGGUAAACUAAAAUUGAUGGUGAAAGGAGCUGAUAACGUUAUAUUUGAUCGCUUGUCGAAAAAUUCUCAAUAUAAGAAUGAAACGAUUAAUCACCUUGAGGACUUUGCUAAAGACGGCUUACGAACUCUAGUUUGUGCCGUAGCAGAUAUUGAACCCAACUUUUAUGAGGAGUGGAAAGAAUUACAAAUACAAGCUACCCUGGAUGUAAAUAAUAGAGACGAUCUUUUAGCUGAAGCUGCUGAGAAGAUUGAACGUAAUCUUCUCCUAUUAGGAGCGACGGCCAUCGAAGAUAAACUUCAAAUAGGGGUUCCUGAUGCAAUUGCCGAUCUAUCGAAAGCGGACAUUAAGAUAUGGGUGUUGACAGGCGACAAACAAGAGACUGCCAUUAAUAUAGGUUAUUCUUGUAAGCUAUUGACUGCAGAUAUGCCUUUAAUCACUAUAAACGAAGAAGACUUGGAGAGUACAAGACGAGAAAUCCGCUAUUACACAGAGAAGUUUCGAACAGAAAACCGAUUAAGUAAAGAUAAUACUGAAAAUAAAGAAGCCCUGAUUGUGGACGGCCAUACAUUGAAAUGGGCUCUGGAAGAAGAACUUUGGCAAGAAUUCGUAAGUCUAGCCGUGAGUUGUAAAGCCGUUAUUUGCUGCAGAGUAUCACCAUUGCAAAAGGCUGAUAUAGUAAAGUUUGUUAAGAAGUUUGUAUCUGGAACCAUAACACUAGCAAUUGGUGACGGAGCAAACGAUGUGGGAAUGAUUCAAGAAGCCCACGUGGGCGUCGGCAUUUCUGGUCACGAAGGACUCCAGGCUGCUCAUGCUUCUGAUUAUGCAAUUGGACAAUUUAGAUUUUUGAAUAAGCUAAUUUUAGUUCAUGGAGCAUGGUCUCAUCAGCGUUUAACAAAGCUUAUCCUCUACUCCUUUUAUAAGAAUGUUUGCUUAUAUGUUAUUGAAUUCUGGUUUGCGGUUGUAUCCGGCUUUUCUGGUCAGAUUGUGUUCGAUAGGUGGACGAUAGCCCUUUACAACGUCGUCUUUACGGCCGCUCCCCCUCUAGCCCUCGGACUAUUUGAUCGGCAUUGCACUGCAAAGAGUUUGCUAAAUUUUCCACAAUUAUAUAGAACUUCUCAAUUGUCCGAAACAUUUAAUGUCAAAGUUUUUUGGUUUUGGAUAAUGAAUGCAGUUUAUCAUUCAAUUCUAUUGUUUUGGAUGCCUUUGUGCUUUCUCAGCCAUGAUAUAGCUUUCCGCGAUGGAAAAGUUGGUGACUAUUUAUUUCUUGGCAAUAUGGUUUACACUUAUGUUGUUGUUACUGUUUGUUUAAAGGCUGCCUUGGAACAUAGUGCUUGGACAGUUUUUAGCCAUGUUGCAAUAUGGGGUUCAAUUGUCACUUGGUUUUUAACAUUGUUGACUUAUUCUCACUUUUGGCCUACUUUGCCUAUUGGUGCUGAAAUGGUUGGUAUGGAUAUCUACGUUUUCGGCUGUUGGAUAUUCUGGUUUGGUCUUCUACUUAUACCAACAGUUUCCUUAACAAGAGACUUAGUAUGGAAAGUUAUUCGUAGAACAUUCUUUAAGACAAUCAAAGAAGAAGUUCAAGAGCAUGAAUUACGGCACGAGGAUCCUGCUGGAGUAAUCAAAAAAGACGCUAGGAAAAGGUUAGUUAUAUUAAUAACUAAAAAUAAUGUUUAUACAUACAUAUACAGAUAUCCUUGUAUAUCUAUAUGUAUAUAUAAAUUAUUUAUAUUCUUUUCUAAUCAUUACGAAAGAAAAAUAUUACUUUUAAUGCAUUUCAAGACACCUAAUGCGGUCUAUUUUUCACUUUUAUCCCUUUUUCCAUUAUAGUGUCAAACGCUACAGUUACGGGUAACUGUUUCUUUUUUUUCUUUUUGGGCUAUUUUAUAUAGGCUAUAUGAGUUAAAAUUCCUUUUCGCUGUCCUAAAAAUUAACCCAUUUUUUUUGCCAUUUAAUUAUUAAUUUUACGUUCUUUAGAUCAAUUUAUUAUCGGAAUCGUUGUCUUAAGGUGAUCGCUUAAAACACUAUAAAAAAUUAUUAAUAAAGAUUUAUACAAAAAAAUAUUUAUUAAAGGUUUUUUAUUUUCUUUCUGUUUUUAAAAAUGAUUUCUUUUUUUUUCUCCUCUUUGCCUACCUAUGGGUUUUUUGGUUGCAAAUUUGCGAUAUAGUAGUUUUAUAUAAUUCUUUUAUUUACUUUAAACUGUCUUGCAGGGUUUUUAUUAUGUAAAAUAAUUGUGAUAAUAACGGUUGUUUAUGUGCAUAUAAGAUGAUUUGAAUUAUACAGUAUAUAUAUUAUAUGUACUAUUUGUAUAUGCUGUAUGUAUGUAUAAGUCUGUUUAGACAGUAUAUAUAUAUACGAAAUUUAACAAACUAACAUAAGAAUUUGAAUCGCUUUUAUAAAUAUGUUUUGAACUUUUUUAAUUUUGAGAAAAUGGCUUUUUAACAAAAAAUAAUAUCCUGCUUUUAAAAUGAAAAAGACGGUGACAGUUUUUUUAGGCAAUAAGCAUGUUUGGUGUAGAAAAUUAAAAAAAUUGGAAAGGAGCUAUUUCCCCGUAUCACGUGACUAGGGGCUACUUGCACCUGCUUGGGGUAGGGUAAAAAAAAAGAGAAAGCGUGCGAAGAUAAAGAGUGCACUACAAAAACUAUUGUAUGUAAGCAAUGUAUUAAUAGAGCACGUGAUACCUUGAAAUAUCUUGGAUUCAAAGGAAAGAUGUUUGUAUACAGCAUACAUAUAGAGAUAUAUAAUUACUGUAUACAGACAGCAUUAAGAUCGUUCCGUAAAUAUAAACAUUGAAAAAGAAUCAACCUUUCCUCUCUUUUUUUAAACAUAAUAGCAUUCAAAAUGAGAAUGUUCUAUAGGAAUGAUCUCAAUAGCUAAUAUAUAUAUAUAUAUAUAUAUAAAUGUGAAUGUACCACCAAAUUGAAACUAACAUAAAAAUAUAAUCGCUUUUUCCUUGAAUGUCAUAUAAAAUGAGCUUUUAAAUUUUAACAGAGCUUCAGAAACAACUCGCUUGAUUCAUAAUGUUUUCUCCCGAUCCUCUGGCAAUGUUCACCGAUCUUCUGAUUCGGCCGCUCCUCAGCGUAAGAAAUUUGUUUUAUUUUAUGAUUAUUCAUCAUGAUCGAUAGCUUUAUAUUGAACGACUUUUUUUUUAAUAUAUAUAUGCUUUUAUUCAUUUGCUAGGCUAUAUAUUUUCUUGGAUACGUAUAUAUAUAUAAAUAUAAAUAAUCUCUUUCUUUUUCAUACAACUUUAUUAGAUGGAUACGCCUUCUCGCAAGAAGAGCACGGCGCUGUAGCACAAGCCGAACUUAUACGUAAAUAUGAUACCCUAUCCGAAAAGCCUGCCGGUCUCUAAAAAUCUUCCUAUCUUUAUUAUAUACAGUAUAUACUAUAUAUAAUUAUAUAUAUAGUGAAACUGUUUUCUUAUAUUUUCUUUUUUUUAAAAAAUGACCGUUAAAAAGUUUUAAAAAAAUACAAAGUUAAGUAACUUGUUUACCGAAAGUAGCCGUUUUAUUGAGAAUGUUUUUGCCUUAAAAUUUUAUGCGAUGUGAUAUCCUGCUUAUUAAUAUUUCUAGUCAAAUGUGUUUCUAUAUUUAUAUAUAUAUAUAUAUGCUUUCUUUUUCACGUAUGAUCAAAAUAACUGAUGAAAAUAGUUGAAUAAACUAAAAUUUUGGUUAAAUGGAACAAUCUUGAAUGCUUUUAUAUAUUCUAAAGAAUUAAAAUCUAUCGGAAAACCAUCAAAAAAUUGACAAACGAUAAUAAAAAAAUUUAUUAAUGUUUUCGAGACAUGAUUUAUUCUCUUUAACCAGAUUUGAAGAGGAGAAUAGCAACUUGGCCGAGAUAAAAGUAGAUAAAGUGCUUGGUUUCAUGAGUAACGUAGGAACCAAAGUUUCUGCCAACGAUGCAGUGCCAAGUUGGGUUGUACUUUUUGUCGAAUUCUUUCUUGAUGAAGGCCGCAAUAUCUUUCUCGAUGUUGAAUUUUUCAAGGGCUUGAGUAGCGCAGUCAAUGGCAUCUUGCUGCAUAUCUUCAGUCAUAUCGGCAUUCUUGAUGACGGCUUUACGAUCUGCCAUUUUCACUGCUAAUAGUUUUGAAAGAAAAGUAUAAAGAUCUCGUUUAUCGUACUUUAACAAGCUUUUACUUACAUUUUUGUGAGUUUACUUCGAGAAUCUGAGAAUGACAAGUUGAUGUUGUACCGCCAAGCGAUGAACAGUGUUUACCGGUGCUCAGUAACAACACACAAAUUUACCGGAACAAACUCAGUCAAUGAUUGGUUUAAAAUAAAAGCUAACUCGAUCGUUGAUUGGUAGAUAUUCAGUCGUCAAAGUAAAAGGUGAUUGGUUAUAAAUACUUCUUUACUUGAUUGGAUAGAUGCAGCUUCCGGUUUACUAAAGGCGGGAUAAAAAAUAUGGAAAAAAUAAAUACUACAAAGAUGCACCUGGAUUUUAUUUGCGGAAAUUGGCGAACAACUAAAAAGUUUAAAAUACCAUUUGCUAACUAGCCAUAAGAUACUCUAUUGAGUAAGCUAAAUAUUCGCUCUAUUAUACUCACGUAUAAGUCCUCGCCGCAAGUCAUUUUAGAGCCUUGUAGUAUAGUUGCUAUUGAAAUAUGACAAUCAUCAAAAGAAAUUAGAAGAUAAAAAACCAACAGAUGGCAUUAUUGACAAUUACGUAUAUUACUAAAAAGUCUUAUCACAUCUAACCAACUUCCACAACAAAGACAACGUCCGAUAAAGACAAUUAGAUUUAAAGUGCAAGUGGAUUGGAAGGAGAAAGCAACGAAAGUAUUGAAAUUAAAACAAAACAUCUCUCUAUAUAUGGGAAAUAUGAAAAAAGACUUCUAUAUUGUUUUAAGAUUAUGAAAUAAAAAAAAAUGAAUUAGAUAUCAACUGUUACACUUUACAGACAGAAACAUUUGUUACCAGAGUUGUGUUUAUCAUUAUAAGAACCCAAAUGGUUUAAAAAAAUUACACUGUCAGCAACAUAAGAGGUUUUAAAAUGAAAUCAAUAAAAGGCAUUGUACUUAAACAUAGGCUAUUCAUUUUAUAAAUAACGUCUUUGAAAAGAAUUAUAAAUUGCAAUCAAAUAGAAAUAGAACUUGAGCAUACAAAUAUUAAAAUUGAAGAAGAGGAAAAAACCUGAUAUAAAAUACGACCAAUUUUUAGACGUAGAACUGGUUCCC